ACCUAUCUACCGAAAAAAAUGGAAAAACGAUGAAAAUAAAACAAUGUCGUCCCCAACCCUUGAGUAAAUAGUGUACCCAAUCAAAAAGGUUAAAGUGGGAAAACUGCUACAAGCUCCAGUGGAGUAUUCAAGUAACGGUGCGGUGAAAAGUUUGUAUUGUACUGCACAAAUUCAAUAUCAUCUACUCGGAACAGUGUUCCCAAUUUUUCUAUAUAUUAUUUCUGGGAUCCCAUUUUUUAUUUUUCCCCAGUUCCUGAUUUUGAGAGUUGAUCCUGCUGUAACACAAGGAUGACAAGUACAGCUUGUUUUAUCAUUGUGAGCCGAAAUGACAUCCCAAUAUAUGAAGCUGAAGUGGGAUCUGCCGCUAAAAGAGAAGAUGCUGCUCAGCUGCAUCAAUUCGUAUUACAUGCAGCUCUGGAUAUUGUUCAAGACCUUGCAUGGACCACCAGUGCAAUGUUCUUGAAAGCAAUUGACAGGUUCAAUGAUUUGGUGGUAUCGGUAUAUGUAACAGCUGGUCAUACACGAUUCAUGCUACUUCAUGACUCUCGUAAUGAAGAUGGUAUAAAGAGCUUUUUCCAGGAGGUUCAUGAGCUAUAUAUAAAGAUCCUUCUAAAUCCACUCUACCUGCCUGGUUCCCGCAUUACAUCGUCGCAUUUCGACACCAAAGUUCGUGCCCUUGCAAGAAAAUAUCUAUAGACUCUCCAUAGUUGGAAGAUUUCAUAUGUAUGUUUCAUGUUCUCUCAUGUAUGCUGAAGAGUUAACCCUUUUUAUGAUAUCGGUUUGUGUGUUUCUUUACAUUAUUAGUGGCUCUGUCGGAAUUUCAUGGGUCCAGUUGCCUGUAGGAACGACAGAGACAGAACAUCUGAGAUUAUGUUUUCUUUAUUGGAUGUUUUUAAAUAGAAUUUGGGAAGGAAGAGUUUUAUUGUUUA